AUGGAACGCUCCCACAAGACCGAUCCUGAUCAGCAUCGGUCCGUUGACCCGGAGAAGUUUCACAUCUCGGCCAAUGGAUGGAAGAAGUUCGACAACAAGGAGGCCAAUCGAGUCGGGAAUUACAAUGUCUUGCUGGCUGGUUGCCCUGCGGCAGUCUAUGACGCCGAGAACAUCACUUGGGAGCAGUCGCAUGUCCUGCGCGGCAACAAGACGCCGGAGGAGCUCAAGGGGGCACAAGACCGCGUGGGAGCUGGCUCCGUGGAGGGGUGCCCCCACCUUGCCACACUCCAGGCCAAGGACUCCUGA